AUGACCAAGAAUGAAAGACAAUUAACAGUCACUGAACGCAUGAUAAGUGCUAUAUUCGGGUCUUUAUUAACUUCUAUAAUGUUAACUCCCAUGGACGUUGUGCGAAUCCGAUUACAACAACAAAGUAUGUUAUCGGAGUGUGUCUGUGAACCUGUUCUUAAUAGUGCAACCAAGUCUAAAUUAAAAAGUGAAUCGAGGUUAAGUAAAGUUUUAGUAUCUAAAUUGACAACAGCUAGUUCAGUUAAAUUAAGGGGUAAAGAAUUAUUUUGGGAGGGCUCUUGUUUUGAAGACUUAAAAUGUAAUAGGAAUGUGUUUCGAUUUAAUGGUACGUGGGAUGCGUUCAGUAAAAUUGCUCAACAUGAGGGUAUUAGCACACUUUGGAGAGGCAUAUCAUUAACACUCUUUAUGUCAAUCCCUGCAAACAUUGUAUAUUUUACAAGUUAUGAAUAUAUUAGAGAUAUAUCGCCGUUAAGACAUGAAUGGUCGACAAUCAAUCCAUUAUUUUGUGGUGGAUUUGCUAGAAUUAUUGCAGCUACUAUAGUGGCGCCUAUUGAAUUAAUUAAGACUAAAUUUCAAAGUAUUCCAAGAUCGACUAGGAACAUUGGAUCUACGAGGAUAUUUCAAGAAUUACUGUUGGACACUAAGAUGGAGAUAUCAAGACAUGGAUUGAUGGAGACUUUAUUUAAAGGUCUAACUAUCACUCUAUGGAGAGACGUUCCGUUUAGUGCAAUAUAUUGGGGAUCCUAUGAAUAUUGUAAAAAAAGACUAUGGGUUCAUUCAGAUAAUCAAUCCAACGUGAUUCAUUUUGUAAACAGUUUUCUUAGUGGGUCAAUAAGUGGUGCAAUUGCGGCAUUUAUAACACAUCCAUUUGAUGUGGGGAAGACCAGAUUACAAAUAUCGAUGUUUAAAGAAGAUAUGAGUAAAAAUAAUAGAGGAGGUAGAUUUAUACAAUCAGGAAACUUUGCGCGUCGUCGGAAUAUGUUUAAAUAUCUAAGUGGUAUAUGCCGGAAUGAGGGAAUACAAGCAUUAUAUGCUGGAUUAGGGCCAAGGAUUGUGAAGAUUGCACCAAGUUGUGCCAUAAUGAUUUCAACCUACGAAAUAUCAAAGAAAUUUUUUUAG